UUUUCUUUUAAUGAACUUAAAUGGUUGUUUAUAAAAAGUUAUGACAGUUAAUACAAAUAAAAAGAUUAUUGACUACUUGUUAAAAAAGAAUAAUGACGACAAUGAGUCGUCAUCUUCAACCUCAUCACCUACUUUAACAAAUAAUAGUAGUAAUAACAACAACAAUAAUAAUAAUAAAUCAGACAAUAGCUCAUCAAUUAGACAUGUUAUAGAUACUAUACUUGUAAAAUCAGAUACAUUAUCAUCACCAAAUCUUAAAUCUACAUCAAAAAAACCUACAUUAAAGGACACCAACAAGGAUAGCGACAAUUUAUUUGAAGAACCUGAAAAGUUAGAAUCAAAUGUUUCAUCAAUCAUAUCAAUUUUAAUUGAGUUAAAGAAAUCAUUAUUUAAUGUUGUACAAGAAGAGUUGGAAAUUUCAUCAACAAAAAACAAGGGUAUUAUUAAUAUUCAAAAUGAAAUUAAAGCAUUAGAUAAUAAGCAAAAAGAAGUCAUUAGGGAUAUAAAUAAAAUUGAGGAUGGUAUAGUUUCAAGAAUCGACAACACAGUCACCUACGAUAGAGAACUUAGAGAAAGAUUAUCAUCCAUUGAAACCACAUUGGAAAUACUAGAUUUUUUUGAACAAUAUGAAAAGCUUGUUAGAAAAUAUGAUGAAGCAAUUAAACAUUCAAAAUUCAUAGCAGCCAAUGAAAUUCUUUUAGAAAUGAAUAGGUGUAUAAUAGCCAAACCCAGCAAUAAAAAUAAUAAUAAUAAUAAUAUAGACGAAAAAUUAAAAAUAUUACCAUUUGAAUUAACAACAAUGUUACCACAGCCUAGAAUUUUACCAUCAAUAAAAGACCAGUUAAAAAAAAGAAAAAAUCAUUUAAAAACCAAUUUAUUAGAACUAUUUACACAUUCGAUUCAAGUUAACUCUAAUGAAAUUCAGUUAUCAUUGGGUUCAAUUGAAUUUUAUUAUCAAUAUCAACAACAGCAUAAUAGUACUAAUAAGGAAUCAUUAAAACCAGAUCAGCUAUAUUCAUUAUAUUGCACAAAGUUAAUAGAAUCUUUAGAAUCAAUAGGUUUAUUCGAUUUUUUAAUAUCAUCAUUCUCUUUAAAUCUUUUUGAAACAUUUUUAAAACCAAAUCUAAUAGAGUUAUCAAAUUUAAUUAAUAACCCGCCAAAUGAUAAUAAUCAAGAAAAAAUUUAUAAUAUAUUCCUCAAAAAUGAUAAAGAUAAUAAUAAUAGUAAUAAUGAAGAUAUUAAAAUUCAUUUCAAAUUAAAUGAAAAUUUUAAAGAUAUUACAAUUGAAACAAUUUUACAUCUAUUAGAAAAUCUAUUCAAAUUUAUUUCGAUUAAUAUUUUUGGCAACAAUAAAAACUAUAUUGUGAAGUUAGGUAAAGAGAUUUGGAGUCCAUUAUCAACACUACUAUUAAAUUUAUUAUUAAAGACUAGAAUUCCUAAAGAUUUGAAAGAAUUGAAAGAAUUUCUUGCAAUCGAAGAAAGUAUAAAAUCAUUUGAAAAAGAAUUGGAGGAAAUUGGAUUUUUGGUAAGUAACAACCAAGAUUCAAAGAUUUUAUCGUUAUUUGUAGAAAACAUAGAAUUUCAUUACUCUGAAAGAAAAAGAACACUCCUUCUAUCAAAAGCCAGAGAUAUCAUUCUUAAAGAUCGUUAUAGCUCUAUUCAAUCAAAUGAUUCAAUUUUUGGUAUAUUUCAAGAGAAUAAUGGUAUAAUUCAAGGUUAUUACUUUAACAAUUGUCUUAUCUUUGAAUCUACUCACCAACUACUAACUCUAUGUGUUUCAGCUUUAAAAGAAGCAUUGGACUCUUCAAAUUUAGUAUGUAAGAAAUUAUAUCAAGGCUGCAGAGAUAUUUUUGAACUUUAUCAUUCAAUUUAUUUAAAGUUUCAUUUUUCGAAAUUAGAUAAGGUACCAUCAUUAGCAUCAUUAUUUUAUAACAGUUGUUCCUUUUUAUCACAUUCCUUUUUAGUUUUAUCAAUGGAGUUUCAAUCAAUUAUCAAUAACAAUAACAAUAACAAUCACAAUAGUAAAGAAUUCAAACUAUAUACAUUUAUAGAUUUUUCACCAAAGUUUAAAAAAUUAGGUGAAGAUUUUUUUAGUAAAUAUAUUCAAGAGCAAUUGAAAUGGAUUUUAUCAUUUUUAACAGACUAUUGCAACCAAUUAGAAAAUACCAAAGAUAACAACACCUAUCAAAAAAUUCAAACCAAUAUUACAAAUAUGAAUAACGAACUAAAUAGACUAUCUAAUAUUUGGAAAGAGAAUUUCCCAAGAGAAGUUUACUUUGAAUUGAUUUCAAAGUUCUCAGAAUCAAUUAUAUCAACCAUAAUUAAAAUGAUAUUAAAGCUUCAAAACAUCGAAAUGGUAGAAACCCAACGUCUUUCCGAAUUAAUUCUUUCAUUAUAUCCAGUAUUCAUCAAAUUCUUUUUGUUCCCUGGCGAGUCUGAAGAUUUACACAAAAAUAGAAUGAAGUUGGUCAAGAGUUGGAAGAAAUUGUGGCAAAUUAAAAUGGUUCUAGAAUUGCCUCUCAAAGAAAUCGUUGCGCUCUAUAAUAAUGGCCAUUUGAACAAAUUAACAAAUAACGAAUUAAGAUUAAUGAUAUUAAGUAUUUUUGACGAUUUCGAAUUAAAAACUAAUUUUGUUUCAAAAUUAAUCCAAAAUAACUAGUCUAACAAAAUAAAAAUAAAAAAGAAAAGAAAACUUAAUUUAAAAAAAAAUAUUUAUAGUUUUUUUUUUUUUUAUUUGUUAUAACUUU